GCAUGGGCUGUUCCAGUUCCAAGACCACGACAGCAAUUGACGACAGCAAAGCAGCAGCGACAGCGCCAACUACAGAAAAAAAGGAUAUUAAAAUGGAAUACCCGGCAUCCGAGGCAUUUACCAUUCCCCUCGAUGACGUGGCCGAUGAGACAGACCAAUUGAAUGACACACUGCGUCAGCCGCCCAAACGUCUGCAGCAGCUAAUGCAACAAGCCGCCGAGACGGAGCCCCCCACCCUCCUGGAGCUGGAGGAUAAACAGCAGCGGGCCGAACAAAGACGACAGGAGCUGAUGCAACAGAAAAUCGAGAGCAUUCAGAAAAAUACACAAAUGUUAAUGCGUGAACAUGGCGAACAGGGCGACGAGGAACUGGAGGAGCAGGCACAGAAACUACAGCACUCUACAAUGGAUUAGGGCACACUUACACUCUAUUCUGUUAGCAUUAAGCUCUAUUCCCCUAAACACCAUAAGAAAUUCAUUCAAAAAUUCAAGUGAAAAAUUCAUGUAUUUUUUGAUAAAUUCAGAUUAUGCGGUUGAAAUGGCAAUGACCUAUAAUAGAAAAUAGCCCUAAAAUAUUUGAC